AUGUGGGAAGAAGAUGAUUUGGAUUCCUCAGUAGAGCCUAAACUGGAGAGCAUCAAAGCACCAGUUGACGGCCAUUAUUACACCAUGUACCACGGCACAUCAAAAGAGGCUGCACAGAACAUUAAGAAGAAUGGCUUCAAUCCAUCCAGUGGUGGUAUGCUGGGGCAGGGGGUUUACCUUAGCCGGGAUCUGCAGAAGGCCAGCCGCUAUCCUUUGAAUCUGCAUGAGCAUGAGAGGGCUGUCCUGAAGGUGGUGGUAAAUGUAGGCAAGGUGAAAAGGAUCGACCGCCAAGGUCAUCCCUUGCAGAAGACCUGGCAUUACAAUGGGUAUGACACAGCCUGGUGUCCUCCAAAGUGCGGUAUGGUCCCCAGUGGUCUGGAAGAAGACUGCGUGUGGGAUCCCAAUAGAAUCAAAGUCUGUUGUAUUAUUGAGCCAAAGCUUUGGGAAGAUGAUGAUUUGGAUUCCUCAGCAGAGCCUAAACUGGAGAGUUUCAAAGCACCGGGUGACAACCAAUACUACACCAUGUACCACGGCACAUCAAAAGAGGUUGCACAGAUCAUUAAGAAGAAUGGCUUCAAGCCAUCCAGUGAUGGUAUGCUGGGGCCAGGGGUUUACCUUAGCCGGGAUCUGCAGAAGGCCAGCCACUAUCCUUUGGAUCUGCGUGAGCAUGAGAGGGCUGUGCUGAAGGUGGUGGUAAAUGUAGGCAAGGUGAAAAGGGUCGACCGCCAAGGUCAUCCCUUGCAGAAAACCUGGCAUUACAAUGGGUAUAACACAGCCUGGUGUCCUCCAAAGUGCGGUAUGGUCAGGAGUGGUCUGGAAGAAGACUGCGUGUGGGAUCCCAAGAGAAUCAAAGUCCGUCGUAUUAUUGAAAUGUCUAGGUCUAGGAUGUGGGAAGAAGAUGAUUUGGAUUCCUCAGUAGAGCCUAAACUGGAGAGCAUCAAAGCACCAGUUGACGGCCAUUAUUACACCAUGUACCACGGCACAUCAAAAGAGGCUGCACAGAACAUUAAGAAGAAUGGCUUCAAUCCAUCCAGUGGUGGUAUGCUGGGGCAGGGGGUUUACCUUAGCCGGGAUCUGCAGAAGGCCAGCCGCUAUCCUUUGAAUCUGCAUGAGCAUGAGAGGGCUGUCCUGAAGGUGGUGGUAAAUGUAGGCAAGGUGAAAAGGAUCGACCGCCAAGGUCAUCCCUUGCAGAAGACCUGGCAUUACAAUGGGUAUGACACAGCCUGGUGUCCUCCAAAGUGCGGUAUGGUCCCCAGUGGUCUGGAAGAAGACUGCGUGUGGGAUCCCAAUAGAAUCAAAGUCUGUUGUAUUAUUGAGCCAAAGCUUUGGGAAGAUGAUGAUUUGGAUUCCUCAGCAGAGCCUAAACUGGAGAGUUUCAAAGCACCGGGUGACAACCAAUACUACACCAUGUACCACGGCACAUCAAAAGAGGUUGCACAGAUCAUUAAGAAGAAUGGCUUCAAGCCAUCCAGUGAUGGUAUGCUGGGGCCAGGGGUUUACCUUAGCCGGGAUCUGCAGAAGGCCAGCCACUAUCCUUUGGAUCUGCGUGAGCAUGAGAGGGCUGUGCUGAAGGUGGUGGUAAAUGUAGGCAAGGUGAAAAGGGUCGACCGCCAAGGUCAUCCCUUGCAGAAAACCUGGCAUUACAAUGGGUAUAACACAGCCUGGUGUCCUCCAAAGUGCGGUAUGGUCAGGAGUGGUCUGGAAGAAGACUGCGUGUGGGAUCCCAAGAGAAUCAAAGUCCUGGAAGUCAGUGCAGUACCAGAAGAUGAUUUUUCUGAGGACCACCUGCCAAGGCUGGAGAGCAGUGCUACACCAGCUGAUGGAGGUGUCUACACCAUGUACCAUGGCACCUCAAGAGCGGCUGCAGCCGGCAUUCUGAAGACAGGCUUCAGGCCGUCCAGUGGUGGUAUGCUGGGGCCAGGGGUCUACGUUAGCCGGGAUCUGCAGAAGGCCAUCAAGUACCCUUUGGGACUGUCUGAUCAUGAGAGGGUUGUUUUGAAGGUGAGGGUUGAGGUCGGGAAAGUGAUAGCAAUCAACUACCAAGGCCACCCCAUGCAGAAGACCUGGCGUACCCAUGGAUAUGACACGGCGUGGUGCCCUCCAAACUGUGGCAUGGUGAGGAGUGGUCAGGAGGAGGACUGUGUGUGGGAUGCCAAACGUGUCAAAGUGCUUGGGAUUUUGUCUUUAAAAUCCCCCAAAUUGUGGGCAGAAGAAGAUUUCGAUACAUCAGCAGAGCCUAAACUGGAGAGCUACAAGCAACCAGGUGACGGCCGAUACUACACCAUGUACCACGGCACAUCAAAAGAGAAUGCAGACAGCAUUCUGAAAACAGGCUUCAAGCCAUCCAGUGAUGGUAUGCUGGGGCAGGGGGUCUACCUUAGCCGUGAUCUGCGGAAGGCCAGCCGCUAUCCUUUGAAUAAGCCUGUGGGUGAAUGCGCUGUCCUAAAGGUGACAGUAAAUGUAGGCAAGGUGAAAAGGAUCGACUGCCAAAACCAUCCCAUGCAGAAGACCUGGCAUAAAGAGGGGUAUGACACAGCCUGGUGUCCUCCAGAUUGUGGUAUGGUCCCCAGUGGUCUGGAAGAAGACUGUGUGUGGGAUCCCAAGAAAAUCAAAGUCCGUCGUGUUAUUCAGCCUCAGCUGGAUCUUGUCAAGAUGUGGGCAGAAAAUGACUUUCCUCCACCAGGUCAGCCUCGCCUUGACAGCUUAGUUGCACCCCUUGAUAAUAAAGUCUACACCAUGUACCAUGGCACUUCAAGAAAGGCUGCAGACAGCAUUCUGAAGACCAACAGUUUCAAGCAGUCCAGUGGAGGUAUGCUGGGGCCAGGGGUCUACCUGAGCCGGGAUCUGCAGAAGGCCAGCCGGUAUCCUCUGGAUCUCCCUGAGCAUGAGAGGGUUGUAUUGAGGGUAAAAGUUGCUGUCGGGAGAGUGAUAGCGAUCAACUACCAAGGCCACCCCAUGCAGAUGACCUGGCAUGCCCAUGGGUACGACACGGCAUGGUGCCCUCCAAACUGUGGCAUGGUGAAGAGUGGUCUGGAGGAGGACUGUGUGUGGGAUCCCAAUCGCAUUGAGAUCGUUAAUGUCAUUCGCCCACAGGUGGAAGAUGAUUUUCCUGAGGACCACCUGCCAAGGCUGGAGAGCAGUGCUACACCAGCUGAUGGAGGUGCCUACACCAUGUACCAUGGCACCUCAAGAGCGGCUGCAGCCGGCAUUCUGAAGACAGGCUUCAGGCCGUCCAGUGGUGGUAUGCUGGGGCCAGGGGUCUACGUUAGCCGGGAUCUGCAGAAGGCCAUCAAGUACCCUUUGGGACUGUCUGAUCAUGACAGGAUUAUUCUGAAGGUAAAGGUUGAGGUCGGGAAAGUGAUAGCUAUCAACUACCAAGGCCACCCCCUGCAGAAAACCUGGCGUGCCAAAGGGUACGACACGGCGUGGUGCCCUCCAAACUGUGGUAUGGUCCCCAGUAAUCAGGAGGAGGACUGCGUGUGGGAUGCCAAACGAGUCAAAGUUCUUGGGGUGUUUUCUCCAAAAUCCCGACCUACCGGUAAUAGAUUGUGGGAAGAAAAUGAUUUCGAUACAUCAGCAGUACCUAAACUGGAGAGCUACAAGCAACCACUUGACAAUAAUUACUACACCAUGUACCACGGCACAUCAAGACAGUAUGCAGACAGCAUUAAGGCGAACGGCUUCGAGGUAUCCUUUGAUGGUAUGCUGGGGCAAGGAGUCUACCUUAGCCGGGAUCUGCAGAAGGCCAGCAGGUAUCCUCCGAAUCUGCCUUUGGAUGAGAGGGUUGUCCUGAAGGUGACAUUAAAUGUUGGCAAGGUGAUAAAGAUCGACUGCCUAGGUCAUCCCAUGCGGAAGACCUGGCGUAGCAAUGGGUAUGACACAGCCUGGUGUCCUCCAGAAUGUAUGGUCCGCAGCAGUCUGGAAGAAGACUGCGUGUCGGAUCCUAGCCGAAUCAAAGUCCAUCAUAUUAUUCCGCCAAAUCUGGAUUUUCUUUUGGUCUAA